AGGAGCAGCGUGGAAGGGAGGAGGACGCAGCCGCACCCGGCGCAGCCGCACCCGCAGGUUCCUCUACUCUCGCCGCUACACCAUCGAGGUGAUGGUGGUGGUGGAUAACAAGAUGGCUCGCUACCAUGGCAAGCACUUCAACAUUUACGUCCUCACACUCAUGUCUGUGGUGGCGUUGAUAUUCCGUGACGCGAGCAUCGGGAACCGCAUCGACAUUUCGGUGGUUGAGGUGGUACGUCAGGACCGACAGCAGUUCUUCACCCGGAGAGAACAAGAGAACAGUGCUGAGGUGCCGGGAAAGUCUGCCGAAGAGAUGUUGAAAAUGUUCUGUAAGUGGCAACAUAAAGGUCUGAAGCGUAACUCCUCACAACAAAGCAGACGCUACGACACGGCUCUUCUCCUUACCAGGGAGAAUAUCUGUCGUAACCCCAGGACGAAGAGCUGCGACACGCUGGGUCUGGCAGAGCUGGGUACCAUGUGUUCCCGCCACUCGUCCUGCGCCAUCGUGCAGGACAACGGUCUCUCAGCGGCCUUCACUAUCGCCCAUGAACUAGGCCAUCUGUUGAACAUGCCCCACGACAACGACGACAAGUGCAGCCUGCUAGACAGCAGUGAGGAUGGUAACCAGGGCAUGAAUGUAAUGAGUCGUAUGCUAGACCACAACACACUGCCCUGGGAGUGGUCCAACUGCUCCAGACACUUCCUUACAGAGUUUCUGCAGUGAGUAUGUCUGCCUUACCUGGAGGGUGUUCUGAGGAUCAUACCGGGUGCAGGGAGCCUCUGGUUACUUGUAUGAGUAAGACCCUCGUCAGGAAGCACUUGUCCUGUUUCCUGACAAAUCUUACGUAAGCUAAGAUUACCUUUAUGUUGGUUCUAGUAUGUACUUAGUUGUAGCUGCAUGGUUUAACUCUCAUCUUCCAGUUCUGCCCCUCUGAUGUAUGCUUAUGGUUAUAAUCAUAACCAAAAUUUUUGCAGCGGUGGAGGGGUAAGCCAGUGGAAGUACAGUGCCU